GAUACCUACUAGCGGCUUAAGAAACUCGUUUGCUCAGUUGUGCCUCGAGAAGUGCUGCAAAUUAUGUUUUGGACGGUUUCGUUACUUUCUCUGAAUAUAGUCUCAGAUCAAGACCAACUUCCGUCGUAGCUACCAUGUGACCUAUAAUCGGUUUUUGUUAAUUUUUCAUUUCAAUAAGUUUUCUAUGUGGUUGAAGUCAAAUUUCUGCCAGAAACAGAAUAAGAUUUAGAAGAGGGUUUUGCAAGGGAGUAUCAACUUGGCAAUUAUUCACAAGCACCUUCAUCAUUUGUGACGAGUGUGGUUGCUGCAAGAACACCUGUAAAAAGAGAAAUGGAAGGUUUAAGUGUGGCAAAAGCCACACUAUCAGCUUUUCUGCAUCCUUCUCGAAGUGCUGAUGUGGAAGAGGGAGUCCUUCAGCUCCUUAGUUCGCUGCUUUUGCGGUAUAAUGAGGAGUUUGAUGGGGUAGUCUUGGCUUAUUUUGACAUUAAGGUCUGCGACUGGACUCCCAAGAUACUCUCUGGACUCCAUCCCUAUCUUUCCUUGAAACUAAAGGCAAAACUACUACUUUUCUCUCCCAAGCCUGGGAUGCUUCUAGAAGGUACAGUGAACAAAGUUGAAAAGGAUUACAUGGGGGCCAUUGUACUGGGCAUCUUCAAUGCAGCAAUUGCAUUUUCAGAUAUACAUGAAGAUUUCAGUUAUCAGGAUAACGUUAAUGGCACCCCCUUCUGGGCGAGCACCUCUAAUAAUCAUGUAAUUAGACUUGGGAGCAAGAUAAAAUUUGUUGUAAAAAGCGUGCAAGAGGAGUCCUUUCUGGACAUCUGUGGGUCUUUGAAGCCUCCAAACACUGGCUGUGUCAACUGGCUACUAUCCUCAUUGGAGAAUAUUCCAGCGUUGGAUUCGGAGAGGAAAAAGCAAAAAAAUGAGAAGAAAAGAGAAAGGAUAAUAGAAAAUAUGGGUGAUGAAGUUAAAGAUGAUAGCCCAUCUAGGAAAGAGCUUCGUGCAGAUUAUAUUAAUGAAAGUGAAUACAAACAGAAAUCAAAAAGUAAAAGAAAGGAUAGAGAUACUGAAAUCAGAGAUGGAAGCAAAGAUAAUAAAGAAUUUUCUGCAGAGCAUUUUUAUGAAAGAGAUCAUAAGCACAAAUCCAAAAGAAAAUUAAAUGCAGAUAUUGGAGCCAAAGAUGGUGGCAUGGUUAGUAAUGAGUUUCCUGCGGAUCAUUUUCAUGAAAGAGAACACAAGCAUAAAUCGAAAAGAAAAAGAGACGCAGGAGAUGCAAUUAUGUAAUUAUUAUUUGUAAAUUGUUUGAUCUCAAGAAAUCACUUCGAGAGACUUCCCUGAUUUUUUCCCCUUAUUAUUUGAUAUAAUAUCGGCAAGAUUUUGAGAAUAAAAUAGUUUGAAGCGCUUUUGAGUUUCCAAGAAUUGUGCUAUACCAUUCAGUUAAUGCAAAACUUGUAGCUGUGACUUGAAU